AGUCGAUGUAUUAUUAUUAGAAAUUAUCACUAAAUCGUAGAAAAGUGAAACGCGUUUUCUCUCCAGUUUUUCUCCAAAAGACAAAUGAGUUAUCUGUAAACACAUGACAUGCAAUGAUCUAUCGUUAUGUAUAUAUGAAUUGAUUAAUCUCGAACUAUAUAUUGAAAUCUCAGCUUCUUAUCUUCUUUGAUUCUUGGAGACACGAUUGGAAAAAUGAUGAGACCGAAGAGAUCAUCAGACACAGUCCAUGUCUUCAAUCUUAUGGUCCUCUGUUUCAUUGCCCUGUUUUUUUCUUCCGUCCUCUGUCAGGGAAAGAUCCGGAGAUUCAAAUGGGAAGUGAAGUACGAGUUCAAGUCACCGGAUUGUUUCGAGAAGCUAGUAAUCACAAUCAAUGGUAAGUUUCCAGGUCCCACCAUUAAAGCUCAACAAGGUGACACCAUCGUUGUCGAGCUCAAGAAUAGCUUCAUGACUGAAAAUGUCGCUGUCCAUUGGCAUGGAAUCCGACAGGUACGUAAACAUCCUCGUAAGCACUCGGUGAAUGACUGAAAAAGAUUGAUUUAUAUAUGUUUCAGAUUGGGACUCCAUGGUUCGAUGGAGUAGAAGGUGUUACUCAAUGUCCAAUUCUUCCUGGAGAAGUCUUCAUUUACCAAUUUGUCGUUGAUAGGCCUGGUACAUACAUGUAUCAUUCACACUAUGGGAUGCAGAGAGAGUCUGGAUUAAUCGGAAUGAUUCAAGUUUCUCCUCCGGCCACAGAGCCCGAACCGUUUACAUACGAUUAUGACCGGAACUUUUUGUUAACUGAUUGGUAUCACAAAAGUAUGUCAGAGAAAGCCACCGGUUUAGCAUCCAUACCCUUCAAGUGGGUCGGUGAGCCACAAUCGCUUAUGAUACAAGGAAGAGGAAGAUUCAACUGCUCAAACAACCUAACCACUCCUCCAAGCUUAGUGUCUGGAGUAUGUAACGUCUCAAACGCUGAUUGUUCGCGUUUUAUUCUUACGGUGAUUCCCGGAAAGACAUACAGGCUUCGAAUAGGUAGCUUGACGGCUCUCUCUGCUCUCAGUUUCCAAAUCGAGGGACAUAAUUUGACAGUUGUUGAAGCAGACGGACACUACGUAGAACCAUUCACGGUGAAGAAUCUCUUUGUAUACUCCGGCGAAACUUAUUCCGUACUUCUCAAGGCAGAUCAAAACCCUCGACGAAACUAUUGGAUCACCUCAAGCAUAGUUAGCCGUCCGGCGACAACUCCACCGGCAACCGCUGUACUCAACUACUACCCGAACCACCCACGACGGCGUCCUCCCACGUCGGAAUCAUCCAAUAUCGUACCGGAAUGGAACGACACGCGCUCCCGUCUUGCACAAAGCCUAGCAAUCAAGGCGCGUCGAGGAUUCAUUCACGCGCUGCCGGAGAAUUCUGACAAAGUCAUUGUGCUUCUGAAUACACAAAACGAAGUCAACGGAUACAGACGUUGGUCGGUCAACAACGUUUCCUAUCACCACCCUAAAACGCCGUACCUAAUCGCGUUAAAGCAAAACCUCACAAACGCGUUUGACUGGCGUUUCACGGCACCGGAGAACUACGAUUCUCGAAAUUACGACAUAUUCGCGAAACCCCUUAACGCUAACGCGACGACGAGCGAUGGAAUCUACAGAUUGAGAUUCAAUUCAACCGUGGACGUGAUUUUACAAAACGCGAAUACAAUGAACGCAAACAACAGUGAAACGCACCCGUGGCAUUUACACGGUCAUGAUUUUUGGGUGCUUGGGUACGGAGAAGGAAAGUUUAAUGAGUCGGAGGAUCCGAAAAGGUAUAACCGGGUCGACCCGAUAAAGAAAAACACGGUUGCGGUUCAACCGUUUGGCUGGACGGCGUUGCGUUUUAGAGCGGAUAAUCCUGGCGUUUGGUCGUUUCACUGCCACAUUGAAUCGCAUUUUUUCAUGGGAAUGGGGAUUGUGUUCGAGUCUGGGAUUGAUAAGGUUUCUAGUUUACCUUCUUCUAUAAUGGGAUGUGGUCAGACUAAACGCUGAUUAUAUUGUUUAAUCAAAUUCGAGUAGAAAAUAUUCAUUGUUUAAUCAUUGAGACACCUGUUUUUUUUUUAGCCAAUGAGACACCUGUUUUAUUUAAUGUAAGUAAUGUUAGAUAACAAGGUGGAUAUUUUGCUAUAAUUUAUGUGUCACAAAUUUAGC